AUGUGGUGGAUACUUGCGGUGUUGCUGGCAGUCUCGGGCGGGGCGGCAGGGUGGUGGGGUGCGGGGCGCGGGGCGGGCGGCGUGUGGACGAGGCAGCUGUACCGCGAGGGCUUCAGCCGCGCGGGGGCGGCGCUGUGCCCGCGCGAGGGCACCGGCCUGCGCCUGCUGGUGCUGGUGGCCUCCCCACCCCCGAACAUCCCCCACCGCGCCGCCAUCCGCUACACCUGGGGACACUUCCUGCGCCGCCGCGACGUCGCCUUCGGCUUCGUGCUCGGAGCUACCAACGACUCCAAAGUGACCGCCCUCCUCCACCGCGAGAACGGUGACUGGGGCGACCUAAUCGUCACCAAUAAUAUAGACCACCCAGAAACGCAGUCGCUCAAGACGCUGUCGAUGCUCGAGUGGACGCUGCAGUACUGCCCGCGCGCGCCGCGCAUCCUCAAAUGCGACGACGACGUGUUUGUAAAUGUGCCGAUGCUGCUGCAGCUGGUCAGCGACACGGUGGACACGUAUAACGGGAUCUGGGGACACGUGGAGACUAGUGACAUAGGGUGGCCGCACGCGCACGGGUCUGCCUACCUGCUGAGCUCGGAGCUGGUGUACCCUCUGGCUCGCGAGGCGCUCCGGCAGCGCUACUCGCCGCGCGAGGCAGCGCUGUUCACGGGCUGGCUGGCGCGCAACGUGUCGGCGGAGUUGACACACGACGCUCGGUUCGCGCGCGCGCCGCUCUCGCCGCUGCUUGCCGCUACUGUGUCUGGAGUGACACCCGUGCAACAGCUCUCGAACUGGCGGCAAAUGUUCAGUGAAAUGCAUGACCUGAUCUACUCACCCGAGCACAUCGGCAUGGAUAACCCCUUUAUACAGGAAACUUUACUUUAAUGCACCAUAAACAUAGUAUUUAAACUUAUUCUUAUUAUUUAGUGACUUCGAAGUACCUUGAGAUAAAAGUUAUAAGUGAGGAAGCGGAUGCGGAGCCGAAGGCCCGGACGUCCGCCCUCCCUGCCCGGAACGUCCCAUUUCUCCGAGCAAGCGACCAAUAUGGCGGUCCAACGUGUUCCUUUUGGCAACUGUGGA